AAAAUUUAGCAACAUUGGGCUGUCUGUGUAAUUGUAACCAUAGUUUUGCCCCUCUACAUCUCCCUUGCUAUUCUCUCUCUCUGCAUCUCUCUUGUCUGUUUUCCUAUUUCUGUCUCCCCUCACUGUAUCACCCUCUUUUCUCUCCCAUUUUCUUUUGCCCCCACCUCUGGCCCCCUUCCCUCCGCAGCUUAGAAUAUUGAGAGAGGGUGGAGGAGAGAGCAAGAGUGCGUGGAGUGCAUUACAGACUUGGCGCGUACUCUGCGGUUGGUUGUUGAAGUGCCUCCACUUCACUCGCUAUGGUGUGUGAAGCCUAUUUCUGAUCCUGAACUGCGGCGUUUCAAGGCUUUGGGCAAAGGAGCAAGUGCCUGCAACUGCAAUCAGUGUUACUGCUCAACAACCAGGAAGCUUUAAAGAAAGCAAGAGGCACACAGAUACAGACCCGGUGGGAGAGAGAAAGAUUAGGUUGGAAAGAAAGAGGUUAAAGGGAGACUGUUAGUAAGUGGGCAGGCAGGCACUGCUGUGGAAAGGGGGAGGCUGCAGAGAAAGUGUGGGCUGGGUUACACUGCUAGCUACUUAAAAGGAGCCGACGGUGGGGAGUCAAGAUUCGAGGAACAGAAGCAGUAAGAGAAGCGAAAGAGUAGAAUUGGAUGAGACCAACCCAGGGAAGCUGAAAAGAAUACUCCACGGCCAGAAUGGCCAGAAUGCUUUUGGCAGCGAUGGGGCUGAUACUGCCAAUAUCAGUACUCUGUGAGAUUGUCCUGCCACCUGAGUGGAUGCCGGGGAACUAUUCUUCCACAGAAGAAGGUGCCAUAAAGUUUGUUGACGCUUACAAUACCUCCGCUGAGCAAGUCACCUACCUAAACCAAGAGGCAAGCUGGACUUACCAGACCAACAUUACAACUCACAACUCGGAUAAAAAGGUGGAAUCUGACGGGCUGAAGCAAGCUUUCACAGAAGCCUGGGGUAAGAAGGCCAAAGUGACCUUUAACCCUGAGCUGCUGGCGACCUUCAACACUACCCUACAAAGGAGAAUCCACAAGAUCAACAUUCUGGGUCCAGCUAACCUUCCUGCAGCAGAAAGAAAUGAGUACAAUCGCAUCCUUAGUGAAAUGUCUUCAAUAUACUCCACUGCCAAAGUGUGUCCAAAGCCUGAGGAAUGCUGGUCUCUCGAGCCAGAGCUGACAGAGAUCAUGGCCAGCUCACGAAGCUACAAGAGAUUGCUUUAUGCUUGGGAAGGCUGGCACAAUGCAUCGGGUGUGCCACUCAAGGGACUGUAUCCAAAAUUUGUGAAGCUUAGCAACCAAGCCUAUGUAGCGGAUGGUUUCAAUGACACCGGAGCAUAUUGGCGUUCGUGGUAUGAGUCCAGUUCCUUUGAGAAUGACCUGGAGGUUAUUUACAAACAGGUGCAGCCACUCUACCAGAAUCUUCAUGCCUUUGUACGUCGUAAGCUCUACAACCACUACGGCCCAAAGUACAUAAAUCUGAAAGGACCUAUCCCUGCUCACCUUCUAGGAAACAUGUGGGCGCAAACCUGGAACAACAUCUAUGACAUGAUGAUCCCCUUCCCCGGAAAACCUAAUGUGGAUGUGACCAAAGAAAUGGAGGCCAAUAAAUGGAACGCCACUCACAUGUUCCGUGUGGCUGAGGAGUUCUUCACAUCCCUGGGUCUCAUCAAAAUGCCUGAUGAGUUCUGGAAUAAGUCUAUGCUGGAAAAACCAGACGACCGGGAGGUGGUGUGCCAUGCAUCUGCCUGGGACUUCUACAACAGAAAGGACUUCAGGAUCAAACAGUGUACCACCGUCAACAUGCAACAGCUUUUCACGGUGCACCACGAGAUGGGCCACAUCGAAUACUAUCUGCAGUAUAAGGACCAACCUAUUAGCUUCCGCCGUGGCGCUAACCCAGGCUUCCAUGAGGCCAUUGGUGAUGUCAUGUCCCUGUCUGUGUCCACGCCUAAACAUCUGGCCAGCAUCGGCCUUUUGCCCAAUGCGACCAAUGAUCCUGAGAGCGACAUCAACUACCUACUGAAGAUGGCUCUGGAGAAGAUUGCCUUCCUUCCCUUUGGCUAUCUUAUAGACCAAUGGCGAUGGAACGUGUUUAGCGGUCACACUCCACCAGAGCGCUACAAUGCAGACUGGUGGCACCUCAGGACAAAAUACCAGGGUAUCUGUCCUCCCACUAAACGUACAGAGGAACACAUGGACGCCGGAGCAAAAUACCACAUUCCAGGAAAUACUCCUUACAUCAGAUACUUUGUGAGUUUCAUUCUGCAGUUCCAGUUCCACAAGAAGCUGUGUGAUGCGGCAGGACACCGUGGGCCCCUGCACACAUGUGACAUUUAUCAGUCCAAAGAGGCAGGAAAGAUUUUAGAGACGGUCCUUAAAUCAGGAGAAUCCAAACCUUGGCAAAAUGUGCUCCAGGAAGCCAUUGGUACAGACAAGAUGAGCGCCAGUGCACUGAUGGAAUACUUUAAACCAAUCAUCACAUGGCUGGAGGAACAGAAUAAAGCCACAAAUGAAACCCUGGGCUGGCCUGACUUUAACUGGGUUCCCCCUGUACCAGAAGGCUACCCCGAGGAUGUUGACAAGGUUACAGAUGAGCUGAAGGCUAAGGCAUUCCUGGAAGAGUACAAUAGAACUGCGGAGGUGGUCUGGAAUGCAUACACUGAGGCUUCGUGGGCCUACAACACCAAUAUUAAUGAAGAGAACAAGCAGACGAUGCUGAAAAAAAACUUGGAAAUGUCUAACCACACACUGACCUAUGGAAAGAAUGCACGCAAGUACGAUACCACAGACUUCCAGGAUAAUUCCGUGAAGCGUAUCCUCAAGAAACUCAGUGACAUUGAAAGGGCUGGACUUCCAGACAAUGAACUUGUAGAGUACAACAAUCUGCUGGCUAAUAUGGAGACCAAAUACAGUGUGGCUAAUGUGUGCAGAGACAAUGGGACCUGCCAUCCACUGGACCCAGACCUCCAGAAGAUCAUGGCUGAGUCAAGAGACUACAGUGAGCUUCUAUUUGCCUGGCAGGGCUGGAGAAAUGCCUCUGGCAGAGAACUUCGCCAGGACUACAAGAGAUAUGUGCAACUGGCCAAUAAAGCUGCCACACUUAAUGGACACUCUGACAAUGGAGCAUUUUGGCGCUCCCUGUAUGAGACCCCCACCUUUGAAGAGGAUCUUGAGUCUCUCUGGAAGGAGCUUGAACCCCUCUAUCUCAAUGUACACGCAUAUGUGCGCAGGUCCCUCUAUAAGAAAUACGGCGGAAAAUACAUUAACCUGAAGGGACCAAUCCCUGCCCAUCUUUUAGGUAACAUGUGGGCACAGACCUGGUCUGGCAUCAUGGACUUGGCCAUUCCCUACCCCAAUGCCACACAGGUUGAUGCCACGCCGGCCAUGAUAGCCAAGGGCUGGAAUGCCGUAAGGAUGUUCAAUGAGUCAGACCACUUCUUCACUUCUCUGGGGUUGCUGCCUAUGCCUCCAGAGUUCUGGAGUAAAUCCAUGCUGGAGAAACCCACGGACGGCCGCAAUGUGGUGUGUCAUGCCUCCGCCUGGGACUUUUACAACCGCAAAGACUUCAGGAUCAAACAGUGCACUGUGGUAACUAUGGAUGAUCUUAUCACUGUGCACCAUGAGAUGGGUCACGUGCAGUAUUUCCUGCAGUACAAAGAUCAGCCCAUCUCCUUCCGUGACGGUGCCAACCCCGGCUUCCAUGAGGCCAUCGGUGAUGUGCUGGCCCUGUCCGUUGCCACUCCCAGACAUUUAAAGGAGAUUGGUUUACUAGAUGUGGUGGAAGCCAACAAGGAGAGUACAAUCAAUUACCUCAUGAGUAUUGCUCUGGACAAAAUCGCCUUCCUGCCCUUCGGUUACCUGAUGGACCAGUGGAGGUGGAAAGUGUUUGAUGGGCGCAUCUCUGAGUCCGAGUACAACAAGGAAUGGUGGAACAUGAGAAUGAAGUACCAGGGCUUAUGUCCACCUGUGGCCCGCACUGAGCAGGACUUUGACCCGGGUGCAAAGUUCCACAUUCCUGCCAACGUGCCCUAUGUCAGGUACUUCGUGAGUUUCAUCAUUCAGUUUCAGUUCCACCAGGCUCUUUGUAAGGCUGCCAACCAUAAAGGGCCUCUUCAUGAAUGCGAUAUCUACCGCUCUAAAGAGGCAGGGAAACUUCUAGGUGAUGUAAUGAAGCUCGGUUUCAGUAAGCCCUGGCCUGAAGCAAUGGCCAUGAUCACUGGAGAGCCCGUCAUGUCCGCCAAGCCACUGGUUGAGUACUUCAAACCCCUCACUGAUUGGCUGGAGGCAGAGAACAACAAGAAUGGCGAGGUCAGAGGUUGGCCUGAGUACGACUGGAAACCGCCAAGUCCUGGCUCCGUAACACUUCCACUCACCACAGUCCCACAUGAUACCAGUCCAACAAUUCCACCACAUGCUGUGGACUUCCUGGGGAUGAAACUGGACCAUUCAGCGGCGUCUGCGGGCCAGUGGGUCCUUCUGGUCCUGGGCCUGGUGCUCUUAGUGGCCACCAUUCUCCUGGGCUACAAGUACAAGAAAUCCAAACGGAGAAGUCUGUCCUCAUCUGAGGUGGAGCUUAAGUAAGGCCUCCGUUAACUAGCUUUAUAGGAAGAUCACCACUACCCGGCAACAGUGGUGUCAUGAUCAGUGUUUGUAAUGUGCGCCUGAUUUUGAUUGGUCUAUUCUUUCUGUAUGCUUUUACCUUAAGUUGGACAUCUUGUAUAUUUAUUGUAUACAUUUGGAGUCAAAACUUGAUUUGACUAUGCAAAAGAAACAAAACUAGCAAUUUUUGUAAUUUAUUUGUAAUAUGAAACACUGAGCCUGGUGAACACAUUGUUCGACUGAUUGUAAAGUCUUUAAUUGUGUAUGCAUUAUUUUUGGAAUAUUUUUGUCCGUGAAUUAUUUGCCUUUUUAGAAUAAAGAGAGAAAUGUCCACUGGC